GGUAUUUGAGUUUGAAUUAUACCAAGUUUCUGUUUCAACUGAAGGACUUCGCCGGCUUCAGUAUGGAUGUUGGGAAUUUCCAUUGUGACAAUUGUAAUAUGAACUUCAGAUCAUUAACACUAUUAGAAAAACACAAAGACAAGUUCUGUAUUGGCAGUUAUACUGAAGAUUCUUACUUAUUAACUGCAAAGUCAAGAGACUGUCAGCCUAAAGCUCCUGGACAUGGAAUUCACAGAUUGAGGAUAAAUGACCCAAAAGAAACAAAAACUCCAUAUAAUAUGGACAAGGAAACUAAGAAGGGAAGAUUCCAACAGCAACAAGAGGAAGUGAAUCAUCUUGAUAUUAAUCCACUGAAUGAAAGAGAAAGGAAACUCCUGCAGGAACAGCAACCUGAAAUUGGUUUGUCUGAUGGUCAUACCUUUAGAAGAUUAACUGAGGAGUUUCACAAGCUGAGGAUGUCAAUUGAGGAAAACCUGCCCACAUACAGGUCCUGGCAAGGAGAGCAUGAGGUGAGCCCUCGGGUCCAGAGGGACUGGGAACAUCAGGAACGGAUGCGAGAAAUAGCAGAGAUGCAUGGUCGACAACUUGCAGAUAUUCAAGCUCGAAACAAAGAUUUGGAGCAGCAAAGAGAUGAAAUUCGUCAGCGGCUGGAAGAGCUUUCGUCCAAAGAGCAUUUCACCGCCCAUAUUGAACAAAUGUUGCUGGAGCUUAAGGCACAGGAGGAGAAGAAUCAACGUGCUUUAGAUGCACUUCGAGAGCAAAUUGAGCUGCUGCAGAUGGAAUCUGUUGUCAAACAGGAUUCAGUCAAUGUUGUAGACCAUUCUCCUGCACAGAAAAAGGAGGACAAAAUGCCACUUAAUUUUGUAACGUUUGCCAGUGGUGAUAGCCUAUCAACUGAAAUAGGUGCACUGAAAAUGGUUUACCUUCAGUGUGGUGGCAAUGAUCCUGCUAUUCUUGCCCAGAUGCAUGGUCUUCAGGCAGAGGCUCAACUUCUGGAAAAGUCUACACGACCACCAAAGGAGAAAAAGAAAAAACAUGAGUCACCUCACAGAUCAUUAGACGCUGAGCUGUUAGCUGUGGAACUUGAGAACCAGCGUCUGGAAGAAGAAAUUUUAAAACUAAAGCUUCAGCGAGAGAGGAGGAUUCCUGAUGAUGAAUUGGAAAAGGAAAUGCAGGAAAUGCACCGGGAACACACAAAGAAAAUCAAUGACCUGCAAGAAGAAAUUGAGAUGCUGAAAAGUGAAGCCAAUAAAUUGCGAACGCGAAAAGGGUUAAGGUCUCAACAUCUGCACCCGCCUCCACCUCCGCCCCCACCCCCAAUUCCUCCCACUCAUUCAACUCUGAACCAGCACACUCAGGGGUCUCACAUGAGCCAUGCCAGACCUCAAACACCAAUGAUUGCCAAACAUUUACUUGAUCCUCCAGAUGUUUUAGGACCUGCACCUUAUGACCCAGCAGCAGGGUUUGUUGUCUUUUAUGAUUUUCUUCUUGGCCUUGGCCCAACCUAUCGCCUCAUCCGUCUGGUUACUGGUUUGUACAAUAAUGGUCACGAGAUGGGGAAGCCAUCUGCCUUACCUGCAGUGUACUGUGAAGUCGGAGUUGGGCCUCACUACUUGUCUGAAGGACUCAAAGGCAACUUUGGAAUAUUAUCUGCAAAGCAGCCAGUACCAAGAGUCCGUCCUUCCCCAGGAGUCUCAUUAGUAAUUGAACUCCAAGCUGCAGGGGGCUUUGAUCCAUAUGGCCAGGAAAUCCAGCGCCUGGUUUCUAGAGGCUGGGCGAAGAUUGAUAUAUUUGAUGAUCACAAUCAGGUCAUCAGUGGACGCUGGAAGGUUCCAAUACGCUGUCUACCAGUAAAACCAUCGCUCACAACUGGCCAGCUCAAUGGAAUUCCUCAGGUUGGCAGUGCUGAAGUUUACCUACGAGUGUUAAAUGCUAGAGAUGCUGAUGUGCAUUCAAUGGCCACAGUUGAUCCUCACAAGUCUUCCAUGUAUCAGUAUCCACCAUUGAUAUCAAGUCGUAGUGCCCCUCUUGCUGAAUCCCUGCCUCCCCCUCAACACCUGUCUUAUCAUCAUCCUGCGGUUCAAUACCUCUCUCAUCCUCCUCAUGUUGACCUGCCUCCUACUGAGGGCUACAAUGACCACCACAAAGUUAAUCAAAGAAAUCAGUGUAGCUACCUGGUGAUGUCAGCUUUCUGCUGGAUCCAAAGGACCUUUAUGGUGCUUCGGGCCAAACAGCAUCACAGGACUCAACAGGACAGCUGCAGAACUCCUCAUCCAUAG